CUCGUUUUUGACUCGUUCUUCUGGCGACGACAUCACUUUCCCUCUUUUUUUAUUGCACUGUCCUUUCACUUGUGUUUGCAGACACCAACCAGCCAGAGUAAACCUUUCUUUUUCUCAUUUCUCAUUUCUAUCUUGCCAGAGCCAUCCUUCGUUGACCCAUAAAUCUCAAUUUAACAGAACGCAAAUCAUUUAUCACCUCUUCAAGAUCUAUUCACCAGUAACCUUGAUUUCUCAUUUCUAAGAUCCGUUUCAUAGGAAUUAGAAAGGAGGAGUCUUUCUGUGAAUUUUAACUCACAAGAAGAAACCCAGUUCAGGUUUUGAGUGAUAUGCUUGUAUUUCUUCAGAUCUGGGGCUUAUAGUAUUAUUAGCUAAUCUGUAACUUUUGAACAUAUUGAGUAUGUCAAUUAUACCUAAGGGUGAUUCCAUUCAUAUCCGAGAGGUGUGGAAUGAUAAUCUCGAGGAAGAAUUCACUUUGAUUCGUGAAAUUGUUGAUCAAUUCAAUUAUGUAGCUAUGGAUACUGAGUUCCCUGGCGUGGUUUUGCGUCCGGUAGGGAAUUUCAAGAACAUCAAUGAUUAUAAUUAUCAAACUUUGAAAGAUAAUGUCGAUAUGUUGAAGUUGAUUCAGUUGGGUCUUACUUUCUCUGAUGAGAAUGGGAAUUUGCCUACCUGUGGAACGGAUAAGUUUUGCAUUUGGCAGUUUAAUUUUCGUGAGUUUAAUAUCAGUGAGGAUAUAUUUGCUAGUGAUUCUAUUGAAUUGUUGCGCCAAUGCGGAAUUGAUUUUAAGAAGAAUAAUGAAAAGGGUAUUGAUGUUAAUCGGUUUGGUGAGCUUAUGAUGUCGUCUGGGAUUGUUUUGAACGAUGGCGUGCAUUGGGUUACAUUUCACAGUGGGUAUGAUUUUGGAUACUUGCUUAAGCUUUUGACUUGCAGGAGUUUGCCUGAUACACAAGCUGGUUUCUUUGACUUGAUUAAUACGUACUUCCCAAUGGUGUAUGAUAUCAAGCAUUUGAUGAAGUUUUGCAAUAGCCUUCAUGGUGGGCUGAACAAGCUUGCAGAGUUGUUGGAGGUGGAAAGAGUUGGCAUUUGCCAUCAAGCUGGCUCCGAUAGUUUGCUCACGUCUUGCACAUUUAGGAAGUUGAGAGAUAACUUUUUCAAUGGCUCCACAGAGAAGUAUGCUGGAGUUUUGUAUGGUCUUGGUGUCGAGAAUGGACAAAAUACAAUUUGAAAGAAAUAAAUUUGAAAAAAUAUUGAUGAAUAGUUGUAGACUACUUUAAGUGUGAGAUUUUAUUUCUGUUGUAUACUUUGGCAACAAAGGUUGUUUUUUAGUGGUGACUUCCAUUUGCUUCUUUGUGACUGAAACCUUGACUGGUUUUAUAGCUUGUUGUCCUUGUACAUUAUUGCAGUUAGUGUUUCAAUAAUAAUUUUAGUUAUUCAGCUGA